AGACACUACGCAUAUGAUAAGAAAACGCUCGAGCGGAAGCGAUACGGAAGGCAAUCUUAAAAUGUCUCUUAUCGGAAAAUAUCCGUGUGUAAAUGUCACCGAGCCUGCACUUGCAGUAAGCGUUACCUCUGCAGCAGUAAAUGUGGUGCUAUGUGUACCAACUAUUGUGGGCAAUACUCUAGUUCUACUAGCAUUGGCACUAGAUCCGUACAAGAACCUUCGAUCUCCCUUCAGUCUAUUGGUCGCAAACCUUGCUGCGGCAGAUUUAUUGAUCGGUGUCUUCGUAGAACCAACUUCGCUGGAAUUCUUUAUUCGCGAGGCAAAAGGUAAUCCCGAAAUAACUACUAUGGAUACAGCGCGAAGGAUUGUGUUUUUUAUAGCAAGUACGGCGUCCUUGCUAAGUGUAUCAGCUCUGAGCGUGGAGAGAUAUUUAGCAAUAACAUAUCCUCUAAAAUACCGCUAUAAACUGAACCCGCUACGAACGUCUUUCGUGUCACUGGUUAUAUGGGUGUUCGCAAUCUCAUUUUCGCUUAUUUACCUAAAGGUUGGAUACCUUCGGUACCAUUUUGUAUUCACUAAUACCGCUGUUGUGGCUACGUUUUUGGUUUAUAUGCUGACUUAUUUCAAAGUGUUCAAGCGAUUCAAAAAGGAAGUUAAGAGCUGGGACAGGCUGCACGAGGGAACGGAAGAGAACCGCGUUAAAAAACAAGCGACUAAAUUAGAAAAGAAAAUCACCAAGACUUUGCUGAUCAUGAUGGCAUUGUUUAUCGCGUGUUUUCUACCUUCACUUAUACUUGUGUACAUCAUCAGCUUCUGUACUCAUUGUGACUGUAGUUUUAUUCACUGGAUUCGAGACAUCAAUUAUAACCUCAUACUGGUCAACUCAUGCAUGAACUCAUUUGUGAUAGCGUGGAGACUAGAGCCGUACCGCAAGGCGUUCGCUAGAAUCCUAGGAUGCGGUGUGUUUGCUCGUGGGCUCAGAUCAGCCUCUAAUAGUGUGCUCUCAGUGGUUGGACAUUUAAACAUGGCGUUCAGCGGAAACCCUGCAAGCGAGACAGUGCACUCUCCCGAGCUGUGCAACAAUGGGCAGAAAUACCAAGUAAACGAGAGUUGUGCACAGGAUAUUAGCCUCGACGAAAUAGUUCGAAAGUGACCUACUCGUGCGAGAACCAGCCAGUUUUACUUUAAAUAUACAAAACCCAAAAUAACUGAAUGUUAUAAAAAAAUUGAGAUAGUACUCGCGAUUGAUCCUAUAGGUGCACUUUCAUAGGAAUAUGAAGGUCAUGUGAUAACUCAGCACAAAAUCAUGAGGGCAAGUCGUGCAUCAUCAUUCAACCUGUGAUUUAUGACGAACUUUCGCAUUUUAACACUAAAAAUAUCAUCCCAAUCAAAA